GCAAUGGCGAAGCACCAUCCUGAUUUGAUCAUGUGCAGGAAACAACCAGGUAUUGCCAUAGGACGACUAUGUGAGAAAUGUGAUGGCAAGUGUGUAAUCUGUGACUCUUUAGUACGACCGUGCACGCUUGUGCGGGUUUGUGAUGAAUGCAACUAUGGGUCAUUUCAGGGUAGGUGUGUCAUCUGCGGAGGAGUGGGAAUUUCUGAUGCUUACUACUGCAAAGAGUGUACGCUGCUAGAGAAAGAUCGAGAUGGUUGUCCCAAAAUCGUUAAUGUGGGGAGUGCCAAAACAGAUUUGUUCUAUGAACGUAAAAAAUAUGGUUUCAAGAAAAGAUGAUUGCUUUAUAUUUUGUCUUUACUCAUUAUCUUUGAAAUAAUAGAUUAAAAACACUGGAAUUAUUGUUAAA